AGAUGGUUCCCUUCCAGUGGUGGAGAGUCGUUAAUCGUUACCUCUCUGUUUCAGAUUUCGGAACUCAGAAAGUGAAUAAAAAAUGUUAUCUAUGGCGAUCGACAGCUUCUCUCCGACGAAAUCGGUGGCCGGAAUUGAGGCUCAGAGACCAUGUAACCAGGAGUCGUCUUCCACACCUAGCCGCUUACAAUUGAAACCGAAAUCGAAAUUUCCAUCGGUUUCAGAGACCAAAUCUACGAAUCUUCGCAUUGAUUUUCAUCAUAAGCUACUCAACAAGCUUAAUGUGCUCCCGUUUAUGCGAGUUUGCUGCUCUGUUUCUGCCCUAUUUGACUGGGAUUCGUGGAGUUGUAUGUUGUUGAAUUUCUUUGGUAUUUCUUGGAGAUGGGCGACUCAAAUUACCUCCUAUUACUUGUUCUUGCUUUGUUUAGCCGUGCAAGCCCACGAUUAUCCAUCUCCUUCUGUUAGAUAUCCUUGUGAAGACGUUAACAAGUACUAUUCUCAUGUACCACAGUUGACAGGAAAACCUCUCAAACUUAAGCUGAAUUCCAUGAUUGCAGCACAUCAUUCCUUGUCCUACAAUGAGGUCUGGGAAGCUAUCAAGAUUCUUGAUGCUGCUGAUGUGGACAAACCAGAAGUCUCAUCAGCAAUAGUGGAGAUCUACUCGCAAAGGAUUGUGUCAAAGUCUCUAGCAGGGAAAAGCAAGGGUUGGAACAGGGAGCAUUUGUGGCCUCGUUCGUAUGGGCUAAGAGGUCCAUCCUUGACCGAUUUGCAGAAUAUCCAUCCAGCAGAUAAAAAUGUGAAUUCCUCCCGGGGAAACAAAUAUUUUGGAGAAUGCCAAGUUAAUUCCCCACGAUGUUUGAAGCCAGCCUAUAGAGAAGCGGCUUCUGAUACUGAAGCCGACAAGGAAAAAUGGGCACCACCUAAGCGCGUUAGAGGAGAUAUAGCAAGGGCAGUGAUGUAUAUGGCAGUUUGUUAUGGAUUUCACCUUUCUGAUUCUCCAAACAAGGGAAAUAACGAGAUGGGCCUACUUUCCACAUUGUUAAAGUGGAAUGAGAGUGAUCCGCCAUCAAGAGAAGAGAAGUUGAGAAAUGACAGAAUAUGCAAGCUUUAUCAGCACAAUAGAAAUCCUUUCGUUGAUCAUCCAGAAUAUGCUGAUCUAAUUUGGAAGCAAAUUUCUCCAACUCGUGAAAGCUCAAAGUUCCAUAAAGGAAAGCAAUGACCAAUUCACCUCCUAACCACAAGCCAAUGAAACUCAGAUACCAGAUAGACGGGUCCAAAUCCUCCCUGUCCAAGAAGAUUUGCCGGAUCAAAGUUCUUUGUUGCCUUUUUC